CAGUUAGUGUGAGCAGCUCAAAGCAGCACAACCAACACAUUCAUAUAAAAAACCUAUUCAAUAAUUUUUGACACUAUUGCCUUCUUUUCUGUAAUAUCGUGACGUGUCGUUGACCGAAAGAAAGACUUGAGUAACUUGCAAUAUAUUUUUAAAAAAAUGUCUGAUUCAAAAAACCAAGACAACUUGUCAAUUGUGGCAAAAAAUAUUGCACUUUUUUCAACAAAUUUUUACAAGACUGUUACUGAAAAUGAAAAAAGUAAUUUAAUUUGCUCGCCAAUCAGUGCUUCAAUUGCACUUGCAAUGACAGCUUUUGGAGCAAGAAAUAAUACCGAAAAAGAAAUACGGUCAGCACUGCAUUUGAGUGAAGAUGAUGAAGUGAAUAAAUUAGGUUAUCAACAACUCAUCGACACGUUCAAUGCAGUUAAAAAUGUUCAACUUGAUAUUGCCAACAAAUUGUUUAUAGCUAACGACAUAAAAAUACAUUGUCCAUUUGUUUCUAUAACAAAAGAUUUCUUUCGAUCAGAAAUACAGUUAGUUGAUUUCAAGCAAUGUGAAACUGCUCGAAAAAUAAUUAACGAUUGGUGUGAAAUUAAAACCAAUAACCGAAUAAAAGACAUUCUACAACCUGGUGAUAUUAAACCACUUACAAAACUGGCAAUCGUCAAUGCGAUUUACUUCAAAGGGAACUGGAAAAAUCCGUUUGAUACCAGGAAAACAAAACCCAAACCGUUUAAUAUCGAUCGUGAAACGCAAAAAAACGUAUUAAUGAUGGAACAAAAAGCUUCAUAUAAUUUUGGUCAUCUCGCAAAACUUGAUGCUACAUACGUAGAACUCCCUUACGAGAGUAAAAAUGAAGAAGAUGCAAUGAGCAUGUUCAUCAUUCUUCCAAAUGAAAUUGAUGGAUUAAAAACCAUUGAAAAAAAUUUACACGAAAUUAAUUUCCAGCAGUUGCAUGCUCAUGGAUAUGCAAAAAAAAUAAUUUUAAAAUUACCAAAAUUUAAAAUUGAAAGCACAAUACAGCUUGGCAGCACACUAGCCACGAUGGGUAUGAUUGAUAUGUUUGAUAUUGAGAAAGCUGACUUUUCUGGUAUUUCAAAUAAAUUUCUUUAUGUUGAUAAAGUAAUUCAAAAAGCUUUUAUUGAAGUAAAUGAAGAGGGUAGUGAAGCUGCAGCUGUCACAGUUGUAUUAUUAGCAGGACGAUGCGCACCACGACCAGUGCCUGAAUUUAUCGUUAACCGGCCUUUCUUCUGUGCUAUUGUUGCAACAAAAACAGGCACCCAACUUUUUAAUGCUCGAGUUGUAGAUCAUUCUCAUGGCUCAUUAGAACUCGACAACAAAACAUGUUACGAUGGAACAAACAGUCUAAUUUAGUCAUUUGUGAUUCAUUUUUCCUUUUUCAAUAUUAUCAUGAAGUGACGUGUUAUUUUUUAAAUUCCUGGUAUAAGUAAUCGUUUGAAAAAACAUUUCCAUUGUAAUUUCGUUAUCUUUCCAUUUUUUUUUUUUUUUUAGUAAUUUCUUGUCGAACAGUCAUCCUUUCAAAUUAUAAUAUACUUUUAAAGUGCACAAUAAAAAUUAAAAAAUACUGUA